AUGCAAUAAAAUAUUACAUGUCCAAAUCAUGGAAAGUAAAUAGAGUAUCUGAAUUUACAUGCAGAAUAAAAAAUAAAUUUGUUUUGUGCAGAAUGUAUGAAAACUUUAAAUGAUACAAAUUCAGCAGUAAAAAUAGAUAAAAUUAGGGAUUGUGUUGUAAAUGAGUUAAAAAGCGUAUAUAAUUAUACUAUAAUCUGUAGGUUAAAUUAUAGUAAGAGAAAUAUUAAAACAAUAUUACAAUUAUUUAAAAUUUAUUAAUUUCCUUAAAGGAAAGAGAAUAGUAAUUAAGUAAAGUUAUUGAUAAUAUUGAUAUCUAUUAAUUUUAAAAUAUUUAAGAUGAUAUUAUAAAAUUUUAUUGUAUAAGCAAUGGAAAUACAUAAAAAAAGUUAGAAAAUUAUUUUUAUCAAGAUACUAAACCUAUAGAUUAGCUAUAAAAGAUGUUUUAUUUUAGCUAAGAAUAUAAAAAUGACUCAAUUGUAUUAAUGAAUAAUUUUACGAUGUAAUAAAGUAUAAUGAAAGAUAAUUCAUUGAAUAGAUAAAUUAAUUAUGAAUUCCCUAGCAGUUAUUGAACCAGAGUUAGAUUAAUUUUAAAAAAGCUCUAUUUAUCUUAAAAUAAAUGUAAAUAUAUGUUUAUAAAUCAAUAAAGCAUCUAUGUUAAAGUAUUGCAGUUGGAUUUUGUGAAUUGGAAAUCAUUAAAUAAUAAAAAUAUCAAAUAAACAAUUGGAAUAGUUUAGGACAUGGAUGUUAUUUAAUCUCAAGUGGAGGAUGUAUCAAUUAUUAUUAUUAUUAGAUAUUUAUAACUAAAAAGAUUGGAAAUUUAAUUUCAAAAAAAAUGGAUUUUGUUUCAAUAAAAAUUAAAUUAUUAAAAUUUGUUAUGAUCCUUUAAAUAGCUUAAUAAUAUUUGAAAAAUUUAAUGAUUCAAAAAGUCAAAUAUAAAUGAAAAUAGAUGCCUAAAAUUUAUAUGCUUGUGUAUAUGUAUCAAAACCAAAGGAUGAGAUUGAAAUUUUAAAUUUUUGA